UUAGGUAAAACGGGCGAAUGUCCUUCAUGGAUAUGUCCAGUGACAAUGCGAAACGUACGUAUUAACAAAUAAAAGUUAUUUAAAAUAGUAUUUUACGUCGUCGUCGCGAUUUGUUUGUGCAAGUGUGUGUGAGUGAAUAAUUAUUGUUUUCGAUGAACUACAGUAUGAAGUUUUCGACCGCCCGGGGUUAACUAAACUAGUUCGAGAUGGGGCCACGAGAAUGCCUAACGUUGACGGUAUUUUGCUUUCUGUUGUUCUGGAAUAUUGCGUCACUGCAAAAUGCGAGCGUGGCGACCCAAACGGCGCCGCCUGCCCAGCAGGGCACGCCUACACUGAUCUUUAAAGCGAAACCUACCAACGUUUCCGAAACUUUGACCUUAACGACAUCGGUUCCGUCCGCAUCAUCGGCAGCCACUCCACCAUCGAUAGUGCUAAAGAACGUCGACGUUAAGCUACCCGAUGCCGGUGUUGUUCAGCCCGAUACUAACGCGACAAAGGUCAACGCAACAUCAACCACACAAUCCGCGGAUCCCGUCCUGCCCGACAAAGAGGCCGCAGAAGACGAGCACAACAGUUCGAUGGCGAUAUUUUUUGUUCUGUGCGUCCUGGCGUUGGGAAUCUUACUUAUCCACCUCAUGCUUCAAACAGGUUUCCAAUAUGUCCCUGAAAGCAUAGUUAUCGUUUUCCUUGGUGCUCUGAUUGGGUUCGCGAUGAGCGCCCUUUCGAAUAGAAACAUCAGCAACUGGCGAAAAGAGGAGGCGUUCUCUCCGACCGCAUUCUUCUUGAUUUUAUUGCCGCCGAUAAUUUUCGAGUCGGGUUAUAACCUACACAAGGGCAACUUUUUCCAAAACAUCGGGUCGAUUUUAGUGUUUGCGAUAUUCGGCACCACCAUAUCCGCGUUCGUCAUAGGGUUCGGCAUCUAUUUUCUCGGUUUGGCGGAAGUCGUGUACAGGUUAAGUUUCGUCGAAUCCUUUGCGUUUGGCUCGCUAAUAUCAGCCGUGGAUCCUGUCGCUACCGUUGCCAUAUUUCACGCCUUAAACGUCGAUCCUGUUCUAAACAUGCUGGUAUUUGGUGAGAGCAUCCUCAACGACGCGAUCGCCAUAGUUCUAACCACAGCCGCCUUGGAAUCAAACAACCCGCUCAUGAGCACGGGAGAAGCGAUAGUAUUAGGCAUCCAGAGAUUUUGCCUCAUGUUUUUCGCAUCGGCUGGAAUCGGGGUAGUUUUCGCCCUCGUAAGCGCCCUCCUGUUGAAACACGUUGACCUUCGCAAAAACCCAUCCUUGGAAUUCGGCAUGAUGUUGGUUUUCACAUACGCGCCCUACGUUUUAGCCGAAGGCAUCCAUUUGUCUGGGAUAAUGGCUAUCUUAUUCUGCGGUAUUGUGAUGUCUCAUUAUACCCACUUUAAUCUGUCCACCGUCACUCAAAUCACCAUGCAGCAGACGCUACGCACACUCGCCUUUAUUGCCGAAACGUGCGUGUUUGCUUACUUGGGCCUUGCCUUGUUCAGCUUCAAGCACAGGGUGGAGCCUGCUUUAAUAGUUUGGAGUAUAAUAUUGUGUCUUAUAGGCAGAGCUUGUAAUAUAUUCCCAUUAGCGAUACUAGUCAAUAGGUUUAGAGAACACCAAAUCACCAAAAAAAUGAUGUUUAUAAUGUGGUUCAGCGGGCUGAGGGGCGCCAUUUCCUACGCCCUCUCGCUGCAUUUGAACUUCAGCGACGAGACGCGUCACGUAAUCAUUACCACCACCCUAAUUAUUGUCUUGGUUACGACCUUGAUCUUUGGGGGAUCUACUAUGCCCCUGUUGAAGCUGAUGCAGGCGACUAAGAAUCCGUCCAGGCGAUUGAAGAGGAAGAAAAAGGACAGGGAAGUUACAUUGAGCAAAACCAGGGAGUGGGGACAAACGUUGGACUCUGAGCAUCUUUCUGAAACUACCGAGGGUGAGAUGGAGGUCACCUUUGUUUCAGAUAGGAUAAAAGGUUUCGCCAAGUACGACCUCAAGUACUUUAUACCCUUCUUUACUAGGAGAUUUACUCAGCAAGAGCUAAAGGUUUGCAAAAGUCAGAUGACUGAUUUAACCAAUCAGUGGUAUCAAGCGAUUAGGAUAUCCCCAGAUCAAUCAGACGAAGAGGCCGUGACGACCGGUAGAUCUAGUAUAUCUAGUAUAGUUCGUUGACCAGCAGCUGUUUCUCAAAACCCCGAAAAACUUCGCUUGAUUUAAAUUUGCAAUCUCCCAGCCCUAAUGCAAUAAAAAUUAUUUAAGCAGUUUACUUGUCACUGGAAUUUCUUUGACGGCCUUAUGAUUUUUUAAUGUAUUGCCUGCAAGUUGAUAUUUUUGUGAGUGAUGUUUGAAGGGUGGAAAGAAAUGUUGCCUUGGGUAAAAACAAUUAAGUUAGGAAAAGUCGCGGCCCAAUUUUUAUUCAAUACUGUCAAAAAUCAAGCUUUUUGUUUUGUUUUAUUUAAAAAAAAAAGGACCUCCCGCAAAACUGUUGAUCAUUAAUGUCACUGGCGGCUAGCACUAUGUGACGUGUAAACACGCUUACCACCUCCACUCAUCCCGGCAUACACUUACUAGUGAUAAAAAAAUUAAAAAUAUUUUUUGUGAUUAAAGUCGCACAAAACUUGUCUGUGUUAUAAUGAUGCCAUUAACAUGGCCGCCUAGUUAAUAUAUCAUUUUUAACUAUACUCGUAUACGAACCACAAGACAUCAAAAUUCCGUAUUGAGUAUAUAAUGUUAAGCCCAAUUUUAUUUUUUGUGAUACUGUGUUAACGUUUUAUAGUUGUUUGGUAUCUCAGUUGCGUAAACCGACCUGAUGUGUGUGAAAUAUUAGGUUUUAACAUUGACCCGGUGCCAAAGCUUUUACCAUUCGAACUCGUUUUAUUUCCGCAGGAAGUGGGAAGCACGGAUGUAUUUUUUUGGAAGGAUUGUGCUUACUGUACUCCAUCUUUGUUGUCCAAAACAUUCAGUCUAACUGAACUGUCAAAUUAUUCUAUACGAAUUGUGCAAUAGUAUUAUUGAAUAAAACUAUUUCACUGUCGAAAACUUUUACUUCCGGCAUUGUUUCUCCUACCAAAACGG